CGCUCGCCCUCCCGCCUGCCGCCCGCCGGCGCUAGGGUUCCGCCGCGUCCGUGCCCGCGGGCAGAGAGAGACGGCCCGGCCCGUCGGUCACCCGCUCGCCGGCGACGCCGAUGGACCACCGCGCGCGGAGGGAGCGGGAGAGCCGCCGCCUGCUCGACCUCGCCGCCGACUGCGGCUUCGACCGCAGCCUCGCCGCCAGCUGCCUCGUGCGCCUCCUCGACAUCUACGGGGAGGAUGGCAUGGGCAUGGUCACCGUCGACAACUGCGGCGACGAUUUCCUCGCCUCGCUGGCCGACGCCACGCAGCCCACGGACGACUGGGACGACCUCAGAGGGAUCGAGACCGAAGCCUGCGGCAAUCUGAAUGAUAUGAUGAUGACGACGAAUGCGCCUGACGGUAAUCGAGGCGCUGCUAUGGGCGGUUCUGGUGCCUUCAGGGAGACGGAUUCGUUUGGUCGCCGCGCUCCUGAUGGUUUGGAGGCCUUCGAUGUCCCCUCGGAUGAUUCAGAUUUUGACAUGGGGGAUGGAGUUGAUAACCGUCGCAAUAAUUAUUCCAGUAUCCAAAGGCAAGCGCAAUCUAGAAACUCUGGAAUGCAGAGCCGGAGCUCGGCAAAGUCUACUGUGACCGGGGGAGCCAACAGAUAUGACUCCACGACUCCCACUUCAAAUAAAGAGAGGCGCCCAGCUGCAUUCCAUCAGAAGAGAGAAACUCUUAAUUAUGAGCAGCUUAGCUGUCUAGAUGAUGUCAACUUUGCUAAUGUUGUCAUCUUUGGCAACAAAAGCUUCAGGCCUCUGCAGUAUGAAGCUUGCAGGGCUGCAAUGGAUAAUCAAGACUGUUUCAUACUUAUGCCAACUGGUGGUGGGAAGAGCCUCUGCUAUCAGCUUCCUGCAACACUGCACCAAGGCGUCACCGUUGUUGUAUGCCCGUUGUUGUCGCUUAUCCAGGAUCAGAUUGUGGCAUUAACCUACAAGUUUGCGAUACCGGCAGCAUUCUUGAAUUCUCAGCAAACUCCUGCUCAGGCAUCUGCAGUAAUCCAAGAGCUCAGAUCCGGCAAGCCAUCCUUCAAACUUCUGUAUGUAACUCCAGAAAGAAUUGCUGCAAACUACACGUUUAUGGAGAUCCUGAGAGGCUUAGAUCAGAGGGGACUGCUAGCAAGAUUUGUGAUCGAUGAAGCACACUGUGUAAGUCAAUGGGGACAUGAUUUCCGUCCAGAUUACCGUGGCCUAGGAUGCCUCAAGCAGAACUUCCCUAGGGUCCCAAUCAUGGCUUUAACUGCAACAGCAACUGAAUCUGUCCGUAAGGACGUCCUUGGUGCUUUAAGGAUACCUAAUGCUGUAGUUCUCAAGAGGAGCUUUGAUAGACUGAAUCUCAACUAUGAGGUGAUUGGCAAGACGAAAACUGCCCAGAAGCAGCUGGGUGAUCUCCUGAAAGAGCGCUUCAUGAACAAAUCUGGCAUUGUGUACUGUCUCUCGAAGAAUGAAUGUGCAGACACCGCCAAGUUCUUGAGGGAGAAAUACAAGAUCAAAUGCGCGCAUUACCAUGCUGGCCUGGCAGCUCGUCAGAGAACCAGUGUCCAAGAAAAAUGGCACAGUGGGGAGGUUAAGGUCAUCUGUGCUACCAUAGCCUUUGGCAUGGGGAUCGACAAGCCUGACGUGCGCUUUGUCAUCCACAACACCAUGUCGAAAUCAAUAGAGAGCUACUAUCAGGAGUCUGGGAGGGCUGGAAGAGACGACCUUCCCGCGCACUGCAUCGUGCUGUACCAGAAGAAAGACUUCAGUCGCAUUGUGUGCAUGCUGAGGAACGGCGACAACUUCAACAGCGAGAGCUUCAGGGCGGCGAUGGAGCAAGCGAAGAAGAUGCAAUCGUAUUGCGAGCUGAAGACUGAAUGUCGGAGGCAGGCGCUCCUGGAGCACUUUGGUGAGCAGUACAGCAGGCAAAGGUGCAGGGAUGGCCCUAGCCCCUGUGACAACUGCCUGAAGACAUAAUUGUCGGAAAACUAGGCAUGGCCAUAAUCUUCAUGAUGCUUGGUGAUACUCUAAACUUUUGAAGCCUGCGCUCCACAUGAUCUGUAACUGUAAGAGCUUGUCUACAUCAGGUCAACCUGUCUAUGUAUAUAGCAUCCAGUGCCGAAACGAGUGCCCCCGCGAUGUGCAAAGUUAGGUGCUCUGAUGUUUUGGCCGCAUACCCUCAUUCCAGUGGCCUGUCGAGGUGCAUGCUUUGGUUUAUAGUCUGGUUGUCUCGGUAAUCGCAGCAAGAAGAGCUUGAUGUUAUUGGCGAACAGAUGAGUGGAUCAUGCCUUCAUUGUUGUCCAACUUUUGGCCUCAUUUAAAUCUUUACAACUGUUUUGUGGUUAAAAAAAAGGGGGAUUUGGUCAUUCGACGAAAAUGCAAACCCUGCUUAAACUGUCUGAACAAA